GCCAAGUUCCAACAGCCCCCAGCUGAGCGAGCGCCGGGGACGAGCACCGCCGGGGCUGGAGCGCACAGCGCAGACCAGCCGAGCUUCAGCGCGCGCCGCGGAGGCUCCCGAGAAACUCGCGGCCGGGGACUUGGCCGAGCACUGAGGCACAGCCCCGUGCGCCUGCGAGUGAGCGCUCAGCCCGGCACCUGUUCCUCUCGCGCCUCCGCCUUCAGCCUCAGACCCGCGCCUCCGGGCGCCCGCCCGCCCGCUCCGCGAUGAAUCCGGUGCCGGGCAACCAGACCGACGUGGCGGGCCUGCUCCUGGCCAACAGCAGCGAGGCGCUGGAGCGCGCGGUGCGCUGCUGCACUCAGGCUUCCGUGGUGACCGACGACGGCUUCGCCGAGAGCGGCCCGGACGAGCGCAGCCUGUACAUCAUGCGCGUGGUGCAGAUCGCCGUGAUGUGCGUGCUCUCGCUCACGGUGGUCUUCGGCAUCUUCUUCCUCGGCUGCAACCUGCUCAUCAAGUCCGAGGGCAUGAUCAACUUUCUGGUGAAGGACCGGAGACCGUCUAAAGAGGUGGAGGCGGUGGUCGUGGGGCCCUACUGACCGGCUCGCCGGCCCUCCCGGCGGAAGCCCCUACACCGCCCCACUUUGCCAGCCUCUCUGCGCCCCUCACCGGUGCAAGCCGGGCGAGGCAAACUUGUCGGAGUCAAUUAUUUCUCUGGACUUCCCCGUCUGGAGGAGCGACCCAUUUCUCGCUCAUCCGCUGAAAGUCCCCAUGCCUGCCUGCAGGAGGGGAGCGCUCUGGCUUCCGGACUCAGCAGCAGGUGGCAAAAGAGGGCGAUUAGGGAGCAGAACUUUGGAAGCUGCUACUUGCAUGGGAUGCGGGGAGACGGACGAGGCCAAGGCCCUUCACCUGCAGGUGGGCCAAGCACUGGGGACAGCUGGAGAGGGCGGGUGGGGGAGAGGCCCAGCGGCACCGAUCGCCUGGUGACCGGAACAGUGACCUGUGUAUUCGCCACGCAGCAAACCUAAUGGGGACACACAAAUCCGUGGGCGGAUUCGCGCCCACUCCCUCCUGCUCCCCUCAGCCUCGUGGGGGAGAGCUGAUACCUUUGACUGACUGUAACGUGCUGUUUUAAGGGUUUUUGUGUUAGUCUGCUUGAGUACAUUAUUUGAUAAGUCUUUUCUGCCCUUGUGGCCUGUCUGCCUGCCAGGGUUAGAGUUUUGUCACCGUGGGAGACAGGGUGGGGGAGGGGGAGCUUGCUAAUGUGAAUGGGGUGAAGUUGUUUCUUUUAGAGCAUUUCCAAAUGAGUCUUUUGGGGCUUCUGCUAAGCCCAGACUCAGAAUAGAACCCAUAGCUCGUAACUGCACGGUUUACGCCACAAAAGUGCUCUUGAUAUCCGUGACACCAUUUUGACUUUUUUCUUCUUUCUUAUUUAACAUUUCCUUAAUAAAUGCAACAUUUAAGUGUUU